AGGUGAUGGCGCGCCACCCUGCCGGCCAAGGCUUAGAACAGUCUGGCGUGGCGCUGCUUCGGCCGGCCCUCGGCCGUGCGAUACAUUCAUGCCAAUGGACAUACACUGCCCGUCCAUCACGCCAGCUGGACGGGUCCCAGACUGAGGAGCGUCGAUGGCCGACGACGACCACAUGCAAAGUCUUGCCUCCAAGGCGUCACUGCGAGCUUGCGGCGCUGGGCUCGGCACGUGCUGCACAGCCAAGAUUCGACAGUGAGCGCCAGGCUAGGCGUGAGGCCAAGGCUUUAUCCGACACUUGGCCAUCUGCUGAGGACCCGCCGACCCGAGCGACUGGAUGAGCUUUAACCGAGCGAGCAAGAGGCGCCGUCCUCUCGAGGAGCCCUUGGCGGCGCCAACGCGGUGCGGUGUGCGUGCCGCUCUCCACGCUAGUAGGCGCGCGCGCGAGACGCGGCCGAGCCCAUGGGACGAGCUUCCUCACCUGCACGCCGUCUGCCCUCCCUCACGCCCGCUUGCAAAGCGCCUGACCCGACGCACCGUUCCCGACAGCAAGCUGCCUGCGGAAACACUGCUGCAUCUACUUCGCUCUGCAUGCAGAGCGCCACUGUCGUGGGAAGCUUGCGCAUGUGGUGAUCGCAGCACGGACGCGCGCCAGCUAGCCUUCGCUCCUGAAGCCCCUGCUCGUCCGUCUCCUCGCUGCAGCCUCUCAGAGCUGCAGUGCACGCCGAUGGAAGACAGCCAGCUAGAUGUUGGAGAAGACGAAUCGAUGUGCAGGCUGUUCGUACAAGUGUGGACGCGGCGGCAGGGGCAAAGAAGUACAUGGCAAUCCUCGAGUCGCAGAGAGCGCGCCAUCUUUGGCAGCGGCGACUCGCGACGAGGCAGGGAAGAAGGAGCGAACAGCAAGAAGGUAGCAGUGAGUGUGUGUGUGGCGCUGGGCCAGAGCAAGCGCAGAUAGACGUGGUGGUGCUGCAAGCGUGUAAGGGCGUGCGUCCUUCGCAUGGCGCUGGUAUGCGCCGGGCGCGUGAGUGGGCGAAGCACGCCCGGUCUCUAUGGUGUGAGGGAGUGGGGUCUAUG